CCAUGCUAUCAGAAAAGGCUUUCUAAUCAAUCACUGGUUACCUGCCAAAAGGUCUGAAGGAGAACACAGACUCACCAGCUGCUUACCAGCACUUGACUCGCUGGCUGAAGUUUAUUUUCCACUCUGGUUUGUCUUUUGAAAGACAUGUGAAUGUCUUUUACACAGUUAGCAGAGGAGGAGGAAGGCUAUGGGAGGUGGCCACAGGGCCAGCGUCCCUCUUGUUGAGUGUCCGAUCAACUCAAUCCCAGAUUAGUUUACUGACGGAGUCGCUGCUGAGCCCUUCCCAAUUCAGACCUUGCAGUUGCAUCCAGGAUACCUUGUAGCACUCGGUGAACUGGAUCGGCAGCUGGGGGAUGGAGGCCUUCUCUGGGACCUUUGAAUGAAUGCUUAGGACCAGGACCCGGCUUGCAGACCACACUUCCUCAGCGACAGAAUAGAAGGGCUCCAACUUCAAAAGCCUCCUUGCCGAAGCCAUUGUGCAAGCUUUCUGCAACGUUGCUGUGUUUACUGUGGAGUAUUUAUAACAGCAGAUCAAGAGACUCCAGAGGAACAUUUCCUCCCAGGGAAUGUUUCCAUCGCUCCCGGGGGCAAAAGCCGAGCAGUUGUACUCUGCGGCUGAACCAAGAAGGGAGCUCUGUGUCAACCAGAAGGCUCAGAUUAGACUGAAAAAGCCCAGUGCUGCCUCUUUCAGGGGACACAAACAGGUGCGAUCCAGAGAGAGAAACUGGUCUCUCAUUAGCAGGUCCCUGGAUGCCACGCAGCGCAACGUCCUCGGCCGCCCAGUGCUUUCAAAUGGCCGGGAGUUGACCACGCCCACAAAGAUGACGCUGCGCGAGCAGCUAAGAGCAAAGAUCUCAGCGGCCUUUUACCACCACGGGCUGCUGUGUGCUUCUUACCCCGUACCCAUAAUCCUCUUCACCUCUGCCAGCAUCCUCACCUGCUGCUAUCCCUUACUGAAGCUUCCCCUCCCCGGGACAGGUCCUGUGGAGUUCACCACCGGGGUCCGAGACUACAGCGUCCCUUCUCACGAGCCCCAUGGAGACCAAGGGGAGCGACCUGACUGGUACCGAGGUCCUCCGGUCGCCUACAUCCAGCAGGUCCUGGUGAAGGCAGCCGUGUCUCCGUGGGACAGCAGCCUGGUUCCUGUGGAUGUGUUUCGGUCGCCUCUGGGUCAGGUUUUCCGCCUUCUGGAGGAAAUUCGCAACCAUGUUUACUCUGACAGCUCGGGUGUUCGCAGCCUGGAGUCGCUGUGCCUCCAGGUGACGGACCUGUUUCCGGGGUUACGGCGGAUGCAGACGGUGCUGCCGGAGCACGGAUGCCUGCUCGUCUCGCCUGGCAACUACUGGCAGAACCAGCGAGAGCUGUUUGACUCGGACCCUGACCUUUUCAAGACGAUCCAGAAACAUGAGCCCAAAGGGCUGCACACCUCUGCGACUUUGCGAGAUCUGCUCUUUGGCGUCCCUGGAAAGUACAGUGGGGUCAGUCAUUACAACAAGAAGAGGGUGGUCACUUACACCAUCACCGUGGUGCUGGUCAGCUAUGAUGCAAGGUUUCUGAACAGUUUGAGAGCCCGUCUGAAGCAGCUUCAUCCGUCGGCCAACUGCAGCCUGAGAGAAGACCACAUGGUUCACGUGCACUUCAAGGAGGAGAUCGGCAUUGCCGAGCUCAUACCUCUCGUUACCACAUACAUCAUCCUGUUUGCUUACAUCUACUUCUCCACACGGAAGAUUGACAUGGUGCGGUCAAAGUGGGGCCUGGCGCUGGCCGCUGUGGUCACCGUCCUCAGCUCGCUGCUCAUGUCUGUGGGACUGUGCACGCUGUUCGGACUGACACCCACUUUAAACGGAGGUGAGAUCUUUCCUUACCUGGUGGUGGUGAUCGGUUUGGAGAAUGUUCUGGUCCUCACCAAAUCUGUGGUUUCCACCCCUGUCGACCUGGAGGUCAAGCUCCGCAUUGCUCAGGGUCUCAGUAAUGAAAGCUGGUCUAUCAUGAAGAACAUGGCCACUGAACUCUGCAUCAUUCUCAUCGGAUAUUUCACUCUGGUGCCAGCUAUCCAGGAGUUUUGUCUUUUUGCCGUUGUGGGUCUCGUCUCUGACUUUUUCCUGCAAAUGUUCUUCUUCACAACAGUUCUGUCUAUAGAUAUCCGCCGCAUGGAGCUGGCCGACCUGAACCGCCGCCUGCCAGCUGAAGCGAGUCUGCCUCAACCCAAACCGGUUCCCCUUCGAACACGUGAGGCCCCCCCUCCUCCACGGCCGUUGCCCCACACGAUCACCCUGCAGACCCCGGCCUUUAGGAACCUCAGGCUCCCCAAGAGGCUGCGUGUGGUGUACUUCCUGGCCCGCACACGUCUGGCUCAGCGAAUCAUCAUGGCUGGUACGGUGAUCUGGAUCGGAAUCCUCGUCUACACCGACCCGGCUGGAAUCCGGGCUUACCUGGCUGCGCAGGUGUCAGAGCAAAGCCCCCUGGGAGACCCCGGAGUGUCCGGUUUAUCCCCUCACCUGGCUGUGGCUCCAGUUUUCGCAGCCGGGGACCCUACCAGUACCUUGAACAUUCACCCUGCCCCAGAUCCAACUCCUGUACCAGAGAAUCAAUCACAGGGCCACCACAGCUCUGGCAGGGCCCUGCCUCUGCCCCCGCUUUCACACUCAGUCCCUCAAAUCACCUGGGGGGCCGAAGACGAGGAAGGGUGGAGGAGGUUGUCCUUCAGGCACUGGCCCUCACUCUUCAGCUACUAUAACAUCACUUUAGCAAAACGGUACAUCAGCAUUUUACCUGUAAUUCCAGUCUCUGUUCACCUGAGUCCCCAGGAGGCCAUUGAGACGCGCCACCCUCAUGACACGAGACACCGCCCCCCGCUGAUCCCCAAGGUUUCUGCAGAUUUACAGACGGAUCUCACACUCUACAAGGUGGCAGCUCUGGGCCUGGCUGCAGGGGUUCUGCUGGUUCUUCUGCUCUUCUGUCUCUACCGGGUUCUAUGCCCCCGUAACUAUGGCCAAAACGGCGCCGCUCACGGACGCCGGCGGCGUGGAGACUUGCCAUGCGAUGACUACGGUUAUUCGCCGCCUGUCAGCGAGAUCUCCCCCCUCCUGCUGAGAGGCCACAGUAUGGACAUAGAAUGUCUGGCCAGUGACGGGAUGCUGCUGGCCAGCUGCUGCCUGGCUGGACAGAUCCGUGUUUGGGACGCCCAGACUGGAGACUGCCUGACCGUCAUCCCAAAGCAGUGGCUGAGGCGGAGCAGCAGCAGUGGCUGCUGGGAGCAGCGGGAGGGCUUGGAUGGUUUGAGCAGAGAACCCGAAGGUUUGGGCUUUGAGAGCCGAGAUCCCUCCAUCGGCGGGGAGAACCUCUCAGAGGAGGACUAUUUCCCGCUGAGGCGCCGCGCCUCACCCUCCAGAGUGGUUCUUUUCACCGACCAGCCCGAUCUGACUCCGCUUAUUGACACCAACUUCACCUCCCAGCCCCCUUCUCACCUGUCCACCCCACCCAAAGAAGGCUUUGACUACGGCAGUCUGGUGGAGCGGGCGUACACAGAGCACGAGCCGCCAUCGCCGUCCAGCUACCCCUGUGCCUCCUCUGCGUCCUCAUCGCCGUCCUCAGCUGCUCAGCCUCAGAGGAGACUCAGCGUUGGCGAUGGAGGCGGGGCUUCGAGUCAGGAGAGAGGCUCCGGAUCCGGGACUCAGGCGGCUCCAGACUGGGAGAGCUCUGUGUGGGCCAUGGAGCUGAGAGGAAACCUGAUAGCUGCUGGGAGGAGCAGCGGCAAACUGGAAUUGUGGGAUGCAGUGGAAGGGUCUCUGCGAUGCAGAAAUGAAGACGGAGUCUCUGGAAUCACAGCUUUAGCCUUCUUGAACAACAGAAUUGUAGCAGCUCGGCUCAACGGAUCCUUGGAUUUCUUCACGGUGGAGAUCAACAAACCUCUGGCUCUGCUGCAGUACAGAGGUGCCCCCGGGCAAGGAAGCAUGCCUCCGUCUCCCUGUUAUACCAGCGAGGAUGUGAUCAGCUGCCAGCUGACGCGCUCCGUGCAGUGCGCUCACCAGAAGCCCAUCACAGUGCUGCGAGCGGCGGCGGGCCGCGUGGUCACCGGCAGCCAGGACCACACCGUCCGGGUCUAUCGCCUGGAGGACUCGUGCUGCCUCUUCACCCUGCAGGGUCACUCUGGAGGAAUCACAGCCAUCUACAUCGACCAGACAAUGGUUCUGGCAAGUGGUGGGCAGGACGGCGCCAUCUGCCUGUGGGACGUCCUGACCGGCAGCCGCGUCAGCCACGUUUAUGGUCACCGCGGCGACGUCACGUCACUGGUCUGCACUACCUCCUGCGUCAUCAGCUCAGGCCUGGACGACCUCAUCUGCAUCUGGGACCGCAGCACCGGGAUCAAACUGUACUCCAUACAGCAGGACAUGGGUUGUGGGGCCAGUCUGGGAGUCAUCUCGGAGUCUUUGCUGGUGACGGGGGGCCAAGGCUGCGUCUCCUUCUGGGACCUGAACUUCGGCGAUCUGCUGCAGACGGUCUACCUGGGCCAGAGCAGCGACAGUCAGGUUGUGCGGCAGCUGCUGGUGCUGGACAACGCCGCCAUCGUGUGCGACUUCGGCAGCGAGCUGAGCCUGGUCUACGUGCCGUCGGUGCUGGAGAAGCUGGACUGAUGGCGCUCAGUCGGGAACAUUCACAAUCGUGAAUAGACUUGUUUUUAUCAAAAGCGUCGGCUGCUGCAAGUUGCUGUGAGGAAGAAGAGCUGACUCUUCAUCACCGUCGUGGAGUCCGUUAAAGAGAAGCUGUCCCAAGUUUGUGCUCUUUUUGUGUUUGUUUCGUGGCUCUGCCCUGAAUGCUGCUGUGAAAGAGGAAACCGAUGGUUUGAAGAAAACCUCCAGAGGAGGACGUUUUUAUAUGUACAAAACAAAUUAUUUAUUAGUGAUGUAUUUUUGCGUAACGGUUUGUUUACAAACGGUUCAUCCCAGAUCUGAACGAUGAAAUGACAACGAUGUGAGAGGCCGUUUGUGUGGAGAUCAGGCUGGAAACGUGUUGACGCUGUGACGCGUCGGGGUAAAAACCAAACCCGGCUGUUACUGAAGCUUUGUCGUGCCCCGUCUUUAUUCUAAGAACCGCUCAGAUUCAGGACGACUGAGGGGUUUCUGACGUGAUGGAUCCAUCUGAGAUUUUUAUAAAGGUAUACUGUACUGGUUUUACAGAAAUCAAAUGAACAGAUUUGAAAUAAAGUACAUUUUAAUUAGUUCACAAUUUUGGAGGGAAACUAAAGCAGUUUAUAUAAGAUGGACGAUUUUCAGUUCAAAACUUCUCGACUAGACCAGGAAAAGCUUGACGUUUCAUGGAGAAAUAACUAUUUAUAAUUGUUGGUUGCCAUGUUUUCAUUCCAGAGGGGUUUUAAGUUCACCUGCAGCAAAGACCACUGAAUAAACCCAAAAGUUUAGUGGAGAUUGAAUAACAAAUACCAGAAAUUCUUUUUUUUUUUUUUUGGUUAGAGCUUGUGAUUUAGGAUUUGUUUUGAAAAUAAAUUGACAUUUCGGAUAAAAAACAUAAAAAUGUUAAUGGAAGCUGAAGUCGUGGGAGUUAAACCAGACAAAAGACAUAUUUACAGGACUCUAAUGCUUUUAUUGCAAUAUUUUAUAUUUUUAGGGGAAAAAUUAAAGAAAAUUCUCAAAUUCUUUGAUUUUGUAACAGCUUUAAAUUUACAUCAGAUUUGUAAAAUUGUAAGGAUGGAUUUUUCAAAAAGGGUUUUUAGAGGACAGCAGUGCAUUUAACAUUCACUUAUGUGCAGAAUCUGAAUAAUACGCUAAUUUGAGUCAUUUAGGUUAAAGUUAAAGUCCCAGCAGCACUUGAGCAUGUGAGGUUUGGCUCAUCCCCUGGGGGGUGGGGUGAGCUGCAGGCUUAGCCCCCCCCCCACCCAAUCCAGCCCCCUAAUGCUGAGCGUCAAACAGGGAGACACUGGGUCCCACAGACUUUGGUAUGACUUGGCCAUGGAUUUGAACUCAUGACCUUCCAGUCUCAGGGGGGGACACUCUACCACAAGGCCACUGAGCUGAUAGAUUAGACAGUCAGUGGUUUCUCAUUUUUAAAGGUGGAGGGAAAAAAUGUGAAGCAGAAAAGAAUGAUCCUGAAAUGGAUCCUGAUGGUCAUUCAUUGAUAAAUUGAUGACUUUGAGAAUGAAAGCGUUUGGCUGAAAUAGACUGGAAUUAGUGGCGCUUGGGGCAUUUCAACAUCCUAAGUGUACCGUUUCACCUUUUACUGUAUGUGUGUCCGCUGAAUGUAGCCUGGACAUGGAGAACUGCUUCACCCUACACAGUACAGCGCCGUCACUGCAAACCCCGCCCGACGCUAAGAGGCACUUUUGCAAUCAGGAGAGGCGAAUAGGUAGAUUUGCACACACCUGCAGCACAGGUACCUGAGCAUGUGAUCAGCAGCAUCGGCGCCGGUUCCUCUACACGGACCACGUUUAGCCGGGGAACGAGCGGCUGAUAAACCAGAGUUUACGUUGGAAUUUGUGACACAAAGCAGAAAUGCUGCCUCAAAGCUUGUUUUUUCUUAGUUUUUUUUUUUUUUUUUACAGAUUGUUAAUUUUUAGACCAUUUUAAAAAAAUAUCUUCUUAUAUGAAGGUGGUGUAAAGGUUAGCAUUUUUUAUUUUAUUUUUAAUCUAAAUGUUCUCUUAUAAAAUGUCUAUUUUCUGUAAAGGAACAACUGGAAACAGCUCUUUCUGGUGCGACAGACUGUUAGUUUAUAAUGAAUGUUUUUAAAGCCUGCAGCAUCGCCUGCUUCUGUCCCGUUUCUUCCAUCAGGCUUUUUCUGCUUCAAACAUCAUUGACCGGACUGUGGGGGCAGGUUAAAGCUAGUUUUUUUUGUCUUUAGAACAGUAGAUGUGAACGUUCUACUUUACUCUCAGAUUUUGUCACGAUCCUCCUUUUCCCGUGGCGGCUCGCAGUCUCAGCAGGCUGUAGUGGUGGGGUAACUUAUUUACGUUUUUGUAACAAAACAAAAAAAAAAAUAGAGAAAAAGUUUGUACUAAUUUUCAAAUAAACAGUCUUUAAUAA